AUGGCAAUAGGAGGGCCUGUGAAUGAAGAUGGGUGGCUUUUGGUGAAGGGUGGAGAGGCAGGGGUUUGUAUGGGUUUGCUGCUGUGUAAGAAGCUUUGGCAGCAAUUACGAGGGAAGAUUGGCCUGCUGGAGUUAGGCGAGAUGAGAAAGGAAGGCAGUGGCGAGGACUGCUUGGGUGAAGCUAGGUGA